AUGACUACUACUACCACACGAAGCAGCGGUGUGACGGUGAAACAAGCUUCAGAGACGGACUUAUUAACAGCGGGUGAGGAGAAGUUUGACUCUAAUUGGUCGAUGAAUAAACACAAGGUUGACGAGGGAGACGACAGAAACAUUGAAACAGAAAGCGAAACCGAGAGCGAAGAUGAUGGGGUAUUUGAAGGCGAAGUAGGCGAUGGAAGAGUGCCAUAUGGGAAAUACAUAGGGUUAGAUGACACAGUAGAACCGGAACCUGAGUGGGAUGUGGACAGCUUUGAUGGCCGCGAAUACGAAUCAGAUCCUGAGAUUCGUGGCAGCUUUGCUAACGAGAAUGCUUACUUGGAAUACCGCGAAUACAGGAUCCAGGCUUUGAAGAAUCCGGGGUUUUUACCAGAUCCGUUCAAUUUCAUCGGCGCAAUUCAGGAUCUUGAUGAACCGGCUUUUAGUAACAUGACUUAUAGGGAGUACUUGGCGGAUCUUGCUUCCUUGUGCGUUAAGAAACUUAACGACUAUAAGGGAAACACUGUGGAAUUUGUUAGUAUUGUGAGAGCCACUACAAAUGGUGGAGGACCUCGUUGGAAUCUGUACAUAACGUUUAUGGCUAGAGAGUACCCGAAUGGUCCUCUCGUUGAGUAUCAGGCUAAGGCCAUGAACUUCGCUGGACAAUCUCGACCUCCCUUUCCCAUUCUCUGCAGACCAGCCCCUAAACCACUGACAAAUUAA